AUGCCUUCUGGUCCGAAUGUUGGCAUAUUGAUGCGUUGCGCGCAGCCGAACUUGAACUAUCUCCACCUUGACUACAACAUGUCCUUGAAGCCGGUGACGACGCUCACGACCAAGGAGCAUAAGAAGUCGCGAUCCGGCAAUGCCUUCCAUCUCUGCCGUGAAAUCUGUCGUCUCACGAAGUUAUUGGUCAACGCGCACAUCAAAUUCCGUCUCGGCAACGUCGAUGCAUCCCAGCUCGUGGAUGCGUUGCAGUACAUCUUCGCGCACAUUGGUGCCCUUACGGGAAUGUACCGUUACAAGUACAAGCACAACACCAAGCUCCUGGUGCUCGCGCUGGAGAAGCUCAAGGAGGCGUAUUCGGUCAAGGGCCGCUUGAACCAGUCGCAGCACCAGGAGCUGGCGCUCAUCGACACUCUCGUCAGCGUGUUCUCUAAGGACAACCCGCAGGUUCUGCUCUCACUGGGGACGAAAGUGGAGGUGACUAGCGCUGACUGUGGCUGUUCACGCACUGACAUACAGACCUGCUGUGGUGUAGACCAUGAUCAGCAUAAGAAGACGUUCUAUUUCGUCGAGCCCCAUCUCACGGUCACAAACCCGAUGUACACGCCUCCGUUGACCACGGACCACCUCAUGGGCAUCACGUUUAGAUCGGCAUCUCGAGCUGCGACACGCUCCGUCGCCCAGUGGCUGUUCCUCUCUGUCGACACCGGUUCCAUCACCGUCAAGGCGCACAUCGUCACCAUCGAUGAGUGCGAGCCUGCGCAGCCUCGACAAUUUGACGCUAUUGCGGCCGUGCUCACGCCCACGAUGCUCCAUGGACUGAAGGGCACACGGAUCAAGCUCGCUGCGAGCGUCUCCAGCCAAUACGAACUUGAGAGUCAUACUGGCUGCUACAUAUGGCGACACGACGAAUGCGCAGCGCUGCACACCCGACGUGCCCCACCGUUCUACAUCCAGCCAUCGCACAAUCAGCACGCCGAGCCCAAGGUUCGACGUACAGACUACCGACCAGCACCAAACAUCGACGAGUGCAGGUACAUUCUUGACGGAUGUACCCACUCCGACACCUACUUGCCCGCAUCCGCGCCCACGCCAGCAAGUGUAAUGCUGAACGUAGAGUCCGUCGUACACGUUGCUGGCCAGGAAGACAACCUGUUUGCACUGCAGGAUGACCUAAUGGUCGUGCCUUCCGAGCUGCAAGGCCGCACACCGGCAGUAGGGGACGACCGUCUUGCUGUGUGCACCAUACGCGCAGGAACCGAUCACCCGAUCACCGUCGAGCAGACUCGAGCUGACGGGCGGCAGGUCAUCUCACAGCCCUACAUUGACAUGGCUGUCGCGAUGAUGUGCACGUUCGGUGUGGGUAUCAUCGGCGAGAAGCAUGCAGCGGAGUUACAUAUGCAGCUCGAAAGCUAUCGCGGAAAAGCCGUAUUUCGAGCCGACUUAAGUCGAUUAAGCGCCGAAGCCGCGGCAACACUAGACGCAAGAGUGGAAGUAGUAGAUGAGAAAGCCGGAAAGGUCAUAGGCGAUGGACAGACCGUUCAAGAGGCGUGGCGCCACCAUCUUGCAAAGAGGAAAAAGAAGGACUCGGAGAGGCAAGGAGACACAGAUGAAAACGAGUCUCCUAGAUUGCUGUGGGAGCCGUUCGAAUCCGAAACGGACUGGGAGAUAGUGUCCUGGUGCGUCAAAGAGGGUAUUAGUCAGGGUGCUGUAGACCGUUUCCUUAAAAUACCUUCGGUGAAGGAGAAACUCGGGUUGUCUUACCAUAACACGAGAGCUCUCCUUCAAAAGGUUGACUCCCUACCGGAGCGAGCGCGGUGGAAGGAACGAUGGUUAUCGUUCAAGGAUCGGCCAGGCGAACGGCACCUCUUGCAGUUCCGCGACAUAAUCGAAGCCAUCAAGGCUCUACUUGGAAAUCCCGCUCACGCCGACCAUAUCGUUUACCGGCCGAGCUGGAUGUUCUCUGACACGUCGAAGAAGAACCGUAUUUAUUCAGAGAUGUGGACGGGGAAGUGGUGGCACGCGGUACAGAGUCUCCUCCCGACUGGCGCAGCGUUGGCACCGGUCAUCAUCUCGACGGAUAAAACUCAACUCACGCAGUUCUCAGGCAAUAAAUCGGCUUACCCUGUCUAUCUGACUCUCGGCAACAUUCCGAAGGCCCUGCGACACAAAGUGGACUCAACUGGGCUCACCGAGCGCAAGCACCGCGCUCUGGUGCAGCAGCUCUUCCACUCGUCUGUCAAGAUGAUACUCAAGCCUUUGAUCGAGGCGGGGAAGAAAAGAAUCGACGUUACAGGAGGUGACGGAAAGGUUCGCCGCGUACACCCAGUUCUUGCGUCGUACGUCGCAGACUACCCCGAACAGUGCUUGGUCACUUGCACCAAGUACGGGACGUGUAGCCUGUGGACGCUGGAUGUGUUACGCAAGGCGCAGGCGAAAGGGACGAAGGGCUCGACGCCGUUCUUCAAUGCGUGCAAGGAGUUUAACGUCUCUGGCUACGUCGUCGAGCCCUUCUGGAAAGACCUACCGUUCACCGACAUACACAUGUGCAUCACGCCCGAUGUCCUCCACCAGCUCUACCAGGGAGUCUUCAAGCAUGUCGUCGAAUGGUGCGGCGAGGUCAUGGACGAGAAGGAACUCGACGCACGCAUUCGAUGUCUUCCGCCCGCGUACGGAACCCGGCACUUCAAGAACGGAAUUUCCGCACUUUCACAGGUGUCCGGGAGCGAGCGCAAAGACAUGGCUCGUAUCCUUUUGGGGUGUCUUGUAGGUCGUGUCCCUAGCGCCAUCAUCCACACCUUCCACGUGCUCCUUGAUUUCAUUUAUCUCGCGCAGUAUCCAACUCACGACGAGACGACCCUGUCGUACAUGGACAACAUAUUGAAGACUUACCACAAGCACAAAUCGAUCUUGAAGACCCUCGGCAUCCGUGAGCACCUCAACAUCCCCAAAUUCCAUUCACUCCAUCACUACAUCGACUCUAUUCGAAACCUCGGGACGACGGACAACUACAAUACCGAAAUGUUCGAACGGCUGCACAUCGACUGUGCGAAGAAGGCGUGGCGAGCUUCCAAUCAUCGCGACGCACGCCCUCAGAUGGUCAAGUGGUUGGACCGCCAGGAGAAGAUAUCGAUGUUCGAAACGCUUCGCCAGAGGCUUCGAGAGGACUCUGGCAACACUGACGACUCUGGUCAUCCAUCUGUCAUCCAGCAACCCAUUCAGUCGAUCGCCGACAGACACCACGCUCGCGGGUUCACCAAAGCCCUGAAUCAAUAUAUAUAUUCGCUCAAACUCGGCCGUCGACUUACGCCUAAGGAACUGGACAUGGCAAGUUCAUACCUACCAUUCACCCGUCUCGACCCAGAACGCGACGCUGUCAAGGCCAAACCGGCUUGCGGAACAGACGCAGCAAGGUUCGACACCGUAGUGGUUUUACAAGGCGACGAGGCGGAGGCAACGGGGCUCCAAGGUACGAGAAUUGGGAGGGUGAAGGUGAUCUUCCGCUUACCUCAGAAGAUACGCCAGCAUGGGAUGAUGGCGGAGAUGCAGGCACCGGAGGAAUGGGCUCACGAAGGUCCGUUGGCUUACGUCGAAUGGUUCGCUAAGCUCCCGGCCUCAGCGGACCCCGUACACAUGAUGUACGAUGUCCAGAAGAUGCCGCUGAGAGCAGACGGGACUUCAGCGGGGGAGAUCGUGCCUUUGAGAACGAUCCGUCAGUCUUGUCAAUUGAUUCCGAAGUUUCCAAAGCCUACAUCCAUCGACUUACCUGCACAAGUACCACAAGACUGGAGCUCGGAUACGGUACUUGACAAGGCCAUCUCCCUCCGCCGCCACCAUUUGUCGCCCACCGCCACCGCGCCUCUCUGUGGCUCCGUCUCGACGCUCUGUUACUAUCCCAUCAUCACAUUAUUUAGUGUGUCUAACCCGUUAUCAACGGUAAACCCGGAGUGA